AUGGAAUCCAAUGUGGGAGUGCUUGGCGAUAGCUCAUCAGUUCCAGUAGCAUCUGCUGCAACUAAUGAACCCCGGGCCAGAGGAAAGGCAGCCCACCGACGGCGACGCGCUACUGAUAAGGAGCGCGUCGACCAGGCCAGACGCAUGCGGGGAAGGCGGCUAUUGAUAAAGGAUGAAAAGGACAAGAUCAGAAGCCUUCUUGCAAGUCGUCAAGAUCAUGCACUACCUAGUGGUGAGCUCCAGCUUUGGAGAGCAGUGGCUGAAUAUAUCGAGCGUUUGCAAGCCACAAACGCCAGCCUGAAGAGGCUGGCCGGAGUCCAGUAA